AUGGAAAAUGGAGGGGACCACGAAUUGGGUGCUGCUGGUGCAGUGACCGUUGAUGAUGAACGCGAAGAUGAAAUUAUGGACGAGAAAAUCAUCAACGAGGAAUACAAAACAUGGAAGAAAAAUGCGCCCUUUCUUUACGAUUUGAUGCUCAGUACGGCACUAGAAUGGCCGACAUUGACAACACAAUGGUUUCCGGACAAACAGGAUAUGCCAGACAAAGACUACUCUACACAUCGACUUUUAUUGGGCACACACACCUCGAAUGAAGCCCAAAACUAUCUACAGAUAGCGCACGUUCAGCUCCCAAAACCAGUCACACCAGAAACAGCAGAUUAUGACGAAGAGCGGGAAGAGAUUGGUGGUUAUGGUGGUGGAGGACCCAAAAAAUUACCACCGGCGGAGGUGAAGUUUGAGAUUAUGCAAAAGAUAGAUCACCCUGGGGAAGUCAAUAAGGCGCGAUACCAACCGCAAAAUCCCAAUUUAGUAGCGACAAUGUGCACAGACGGUCGAGUGUUGAUUUUUGACAGAACAAAACACCCAAGCGCUCCGACUGGAUCAAUCAACCCUCAGAUGGAGCUCCUUGGGCACGAAGGGGAGGGUUAUGGGCUGAGCUGGAGCCCGCAUCAUUUUGGACAUCUGGCGACUGGAAGUGAGGAUAUGACAGUCAGAAUCUGGGAUAUAACCCAAUUCACCAAUAACAACAAAGCUAUCCAUCCCAAUCGAACGUAUACACAUCACGCAGCCAUCGUCAACGAUGUACAAUAUCAUCCAUUACACGCUUCUUUAAUUGGCACUGUAUCAGACGAUCUCACGCUUCAAGUGCUAGAUCUCAGGUCUUCUUCCACUACUAAAGCGGCUGUGUCAUCAUUUCAUGGUCACAGCGACGCAAUUAAUGCCCUUUCUUUCAACCCCGCAUCAGAGUAUGUCCUCGCGACAGGAUCAGCAGAUAAGACGAUAGGAGUCUGGGAUUUACGAAACCUCAACGUCAAAUUACAUGCCCUUAUUGGACACAACGAUGCCGUUACAUCUCUUUCAUGGCACCCUUUCGAAGAAGCAGUUCUUGGCAGCUCAAGUUACGACCGGCGAGUCUGCUUCUGGGACUUAAGUCGUGUUGGUGAGGAACAAACACCAGAUGAUGCAGAAGACGGACCACCGGAACUACUCUUUAUGCACGGCGGGCAUACCAACCGAAUUUCGGAUUUCUCGUGGAAUAUGAAUGAUCCAUGGGUGCUGUGUAGCGCAGCCGAAGAUAACUUGAUUCAGGUAUGGAAGGUCGCGAACGCUAUCGUGGGAAAGGACGUGGAGGAUGUACCCAUAGAGGAACUGGAAGAACGCUGA